UGCUCCUAGCUCCCAGUUUGCAGUAUGGACUUCUGGGAAUUCUCAUGCAUAUCUCUGGGCGCUGCAGUGGUCCUGUACUAUGGAGUAAAACUAAUACUUUUCAGCAGGAUCCUUUUUCCUAAAUUAUUUUUUCCUCUGCCAAAGUCUUUUUUCACCUCAAUGGGAGAGUGGGCAGUUGUGACUGGUGCCUCAGAGGGGAUAGGCAGGGCAUAUGCAUUUGCUUUGGCAGAGCGAGGGAUGAAUGUGGUGAUCAUAAGCAGAACCAAAGAGAAACUGGACAUAGUGGCAAAGGAGAUUGCUAAAACCACUGGCCGGAAAGUCAAAGUUCUCGUGGCCGACUUUACCAAAGCUGAUGCUGUUAAUUGCAUUGAGGAUGAACUAAAGGACAUGAACAUUGGAGUUUUGGUGAAUAAUGUGGCUAUAUUGACAAAUCCAGCACCAACGAAGUUCUUGGCAUCUAAAAAUCUUUACCAGGACAUUUUCAAUACGAUUACUUGUAAUGUGAAGACUAUGGCUAAGAUGUGCAAAGUAAUUUUACCUGGAAUGGUGGACCGGGGAAAAGGAGUUAUAAUCAACAUCUCAUCAGGCGUGACUUGUGUCCCUCUUCCUCUCUAUGUCUUGUAUUCAGGAACUAAGAUCUUUGUUGAAAGGUUUUCUCAAGCUCUUCAAAUCGAAUACAAAGACAAAGGAAUCAUUAUACAGGUUGUUGCUCCGUUCAGCGUCUCCACACGAAUGAGUUACUAUCAGAAGACCAACUGUUUUGUCCUGAGUCCUGAGGGCUUUGUGAACACAUCUCUGCAGUACCUCCGAGCUGGAGAGAGAAUAAAUGGAACCAUUCUCCACACACUGGUGGACUGGUUCAUGCGGAUUGUUCCUCACAACAUGCUCACUAGUGAUUCCAUGCAAACAAAUCUCGAAGAAUACGUAAACAAAUUUGUUCAAACACAAAAUUUACAAUAAAAACAUUCUAUGUAAUUUUUUUUUUUUUUUUUUUGCAAUUUAUUGUGCCUUAUGUAUUUUAUCCUCUUAAUUUGUUUAGUUUGUACUUUCUCAAUGUGACUACUAUGAUAGAAAUAAACAUGCUUUUGUACAGGAUCUGUUUUGGCACAUAGGAUAACAUUAAAAGUGCACAUAGACUAGACUGCUAAUUUCAUUUAAAAAAAACAUUGUGUAAGCUUUACUACUUUUGCGAUUUUUGUUAAGUUUAUCAUUUUACAAUUUUACUUCCUGACAUGAGCCGCAGAUAUGACAUGCGUAAACUUAAUUCUGUAACUGUUACCUAGCAACCAUAAUGUUAACAAGGGCAAAUUGACAAAUAAAAAUGAA